UCGCGCCGGGAACUUCCUGGUUCCCGGGCUCGGCUUCGCGGGGAUCCUCCUGGAAGGGAAACAAUGGGGCGGAGGGCACUGCGGUAGCCGCCGCUGCGCGAGACCUGCUGGGCCACCGGGACGCCCUGCUCUGCCCCCCGCGUUGCCUCCGCUGGGACCGUCCGGAGGUCUGUCAUCAACUUGCCAAAUUUCAAGUUUAUUGACAUCCUAUAUGAAUCUUCCUCUCUUCAACUGUAUGACAUGUAUUCCUCCGAGAAACCUUGGACAGCAGAUUUUGGCUUAAUAUCUGAUUGGGGCAACAUACAGAGACAUUUCCAGUCAUGAAUUCAGACCAGGAUGUAGCACUCAAACUUGCCCAGGAGCGAGCUGAAAUAGUUGCUAAAUAUGACAGAGGACGAGAAGGUGCAGAGAUCGAACCUUGGGAAGAUGCUGAUUACCUUGUUUACAAAGUCACGGAUAGAUUUGGCUUUUUACAUGAGGAGGAGCUCCCAUAUCAUAAUGCAGCAGUGGAACGGCAAAAGCACCUGGAAAUUGAACGAACUGCUAAGUGGUUGAAAAUGCUAAAAGGAUGGGAAAAGUACAAGAACACUGAAAAGUUUCAUAGGAGAAUUUACAAAGGGAUCCCACUCCAGCUCCGAGGUGAAGUCUGGGCUCUACUUCUUGAGAUCCCAAAAAUGAAAGAAGAAACAAGGGACCUUUAUAAUAAAUUAAAACACAGAGCACGUGGUUGUUCACCUGAUAUCAGACAAAUAGACCUUGAUGUCAACCGCACAUUUAGGGACCAUAUUAUGUUUAGAGACAGAUACGGUGUUAAGCAGCAGUCCCUGUUCCAUGUUCUUGCUGCAUAUUCUAUUUAUAAUACGGAAGUUGGAUACUGUCAGGGAAUGAGCCAGAUCACAGCUUUACUCCUUAUGUAUAUGAAUGAAGAAGAUGCCUUCUGGGCCCUGGUCAAACUCUUCUCAGGCCCCAAACAUGCCAUGCAUGGCUUUUUUGUCCAUGGUUUUCCUAAACUCUUGAGGUUUCAAGAACAUCAUGAAAAAAUACUGAAUAAAUUUCUGUCCAAGCUUAAGCAACACUUGGAUUCUCAAGAAAUCUACACAAGUUUUUAUACAAUGAAAUGGUUUUUUCAAUGUUUCCUUGAUCGUACUCCCUUUACGCUAAACCUCAGAAUAUGGGAUAUCUACAUCUUUGAAGGAGAACGAGUUCUUACUGCUAUGUCUUAUACAAUCUUAAAAUUACACAAAAAACAUUUAAUGAAAUUGUCUAUGGAAGAACUUGUAGAAUUUCUUCAGGAGACCUUGGCAAAGGAUUUUUUCUUUGAAGAUGACUUUGUAAUAGAGCAACUUCAGAUUUCCAUGGCAGAACUAAAGCGGGCAAAAUUAGACCUUCCAGAACCUGGUAAAGAGGAUGAAUUUCCAAAGAAACCUUUGGGACAGCUUCCACCUGAACCUCAAUCUGCUGGCAUUAGUCACCUGAGCAAUGGACAAAGUGUUGGCAGAUCAAGUCCCCAUAAGAUCAGAAGAGAGAGUGGCUCAUCACCUCACAAAAAGCCCGAGCAUUCCCCUCACCAUCAAGGCAGAAUUGGUACACCAGAAAGAGCGAGGCAGCCAAGACGGGCAUCAGUGGAAGAGGACAGUAAAAAGCUUAAAGAUGAAGCAGACUUUCAAAGAAAACCUUCAUCAGGUCCACAAGACAAUGUUAGGCAAUAUGACCAUGCAUCUGCUAACCAAAAUAGCAAUGCUCUUUCAAAUAUCAGGAAGGAAUUUGUGCCCAAAUGGAAUAAACCAUCAGAUGUUUCAGCCACUGAAAGAACUGCCAGAUAUGCCACUGAAGGCAAAAGUCGAUUCGCGCACCCCACGCUUACAGUCACCAUCCCGAGUUCUGCUGAUCCUCGGGUGUCAAAUGCAAGGCAGAAGAUGAAGGUCUGGGAUGCCGAUGAAGGGAAACGGGGCUCGAAUGCAUCACAGUAUGAUAAUGUACCAGAAAAUGAAAAUGGCCCGUCUGUUGAAGAGGCACUAGAAAGGGCUUAUUCUCAUAGUCCAAGGAAUAUUGUUUACACACACAGUCCGAGGAAGCAUCCUGAGCCAACUUCUAGUCCAUCAAAAGUAUCAAACAAGUUUACUUUUAAAAUACAGCCUGUAAGUUAUGCAAAAUAUCCAGCUCAGCUAGAUGGAGAAGAUCGAGGGCCCGUGCACCCCCCAUCUUACAGCAAUCCCCCUAUUUACCAUGGAAAUUCUCCAAAGCACAUCCCCACUACUAACAGCAGCUUUGUGUCUCCACAGUUUAGCCAUCGGGCUCAAAUGAAUCCUUCCAGGAGACCUCAUGAUUCCACUCUUUCCAUCAAUGUUUCUCCAGAGAAAUCUCACAGCCGUCCAGCUCCUCUUGUCCUACCAUCUAGUCGCAUAGAAGUUCUUCCCAUUGAUAUUGGUGCUGGGGGAUAUUCAGGGUCACCAAAGAAUGGAAAAUUCAUCAUUCCUCCAGUGGAUUAUUUGCCAGAUAACAGAAAAUGGUCGGAAGUCAGUUACACAUUCAGACCUGAGAUGCCUGAACAGUCAUGGACUCGGGAUGCUAACCGUAGCCACUUAAGCAAUUUAACAAAAUAUUCUGCCUUUCAGCAUGUACCCUUUCAGGACCAUAGCCUCCCCCCAGUUUCCGUGGAUGGUCCAGUGCGGUAUAGAACUUCCCCGGCUUUAGAAGAUGCCAGCUCCUCUGGGUAUCAGUAUUCAAGGCCCUCGGCUCCAGCGUAUCACUACAGAAACCGGGAUGGACUUUCUAUUCAAGAAUCAGUAUUGCUGUGAGAAUUCAUCUAUACUUGCUGAAGAUGAGAAUAGAAAUCUCCCAGAAUCUACAUUGCUAUGUUUGUAAUUGCCAAAGCAGUAUUUUAUACCAUUGUAAACAACUCGCACAAUUCUCAUGUAUAUUAGUAAUAAGAAUAGAUGGGAGUGUUUUCAUCCCCACGUAGAUGCUGCUUAAGAUGAGCAUUUUAAUUGCAUCAUCACCGAAUCUAUUAAUUUACCGUGGAAACAUAGCAAUAGCAUUUAGGGAUGCAUACAAAAUAAAUUUAUUACUCAGUUCCAUUUAUAACUUCUCAAAACCUAAACACUUUUACUCUAUUAGUCCAUUUUACUUUGAGUAAUGUUACAAAGCACUGAAAAACUCUAUGAAUACUAGACAUUUUUAAGGCUCUAUGUAGAGUAUGUGUCUUUAAGUAGAUAUAGACAUCUAUACAUACACACUUCAACACAGAACUAAUGAAACAUUAAAAAACCUGCUAUAAUCUAGAUCCAUGGAAUAAUUUAUUCUCCUUUUUUUCUUUAACU